ACUUCCGCGACUCUACGUCACAGUCAUUCUUUCUCUCAUUAACUCACACUCGUUCUUUGUAAUUGGUAUUGUCACUCUUUGACACAUAUAUCGGCCUUUUUGACGCUUACCGCGAAUCCGUACUGGAAUUGAUAAUCAUCCAUCCCCACCAUCGUACACCUAUCAGCAUUACCAUAAUCCAAGAUGCGCUUCUCUGCCGUUGCAGCUGCCCUAGCGGCCACGCCUGCCGUUGUGUCCGCAGCAAGGGGUACCAUGGGCUUUGCUCUUGGAACGAAGAUGGGCAACGGAGCUUGCAAGACACAACAGGACUACAUGGAUGACUUCCAGGCCAUCAAGGCAUCCUCUGGCUCUACACUCGUCCGUGGCUACGCAGCCUCCGACUGCGGCAUGGCCAGCCUUAUCCUCCCAGCAGCCAAGCAGAGCGGCUUCAAGGUCGUCCUCGGUAUCUGGCCCGAUGUCGAAGACUCAUUCAACAAGGACCUCAAGGCCAUCAAGGACGUUGCCGACCAAUAUGCCGACACCAUCUACGCCGUUACCGUCGGUUCCGAAACUCUGUACCGCGGCAACUUCACUGGCCCCGAGCUCGCCAACAAGAUUAAGACUGUCAAGUCUACGCUUGGUAACAACAUCAAGUGUGGCACUGCAGACUCGUGGAACAAGUUCAAGGAUGGAACAGGUGAUGCCGUCAUUGCUGUUGCAGACAUCAUCAUGGUCAACGCUUUUGCCUUUUGGCAGGGUGCUGCUGCUGGUUCCGAUGCUACCAAGGUUUACCUUGACGACAUGUACCAGGCCAUUACCCACAUUGAGAAGGUUGCUGGUGGAGCUGGCAAGGGCCCUGAAGUUUGGAACGGCGAGACCGGUUGGCCCACCGCUGUAGGCACCGACUAUGAGGCUGCUCAAGGUGGUCUCGACAACGCAAAGAACUUCUACCAGCAUGGCUUCUGCUCCCUGCUCGAUUACGGCUUCAACGGCUUCUACUUUGAGGCUUUCGAUGAGCCAUGGAAGCCUGCUUCCAUCGGUGACAACGGAAAGGCUGCUGAUGAGACUGCUUGGGGUGCUAUGACCGCUGACCGUAAGGCCAAGUUCUCGCUCAAGUGCUAAAAUGGGGCUUUCUUUGCAUGUAUGGGUCUACUGAGAAGGAUAAAAAGGUGUAUGGGUCUAUAGAUCAUUGUGGGAAUAGAGCGGUUGUAUAUCGGACAACAUUGCAUAUGGGUACCGGGCCUUGGAUGUAUCGCUUUGUCUCUAUGCAAAAGUAACAGUAUGUGUUACACACUCGGUUGAGGGUUACGUUUAUAGUCUGCUCAACUUAUAGUGACUGCCUAAAAUU